UGAAAGAGUCAUAAAAGAAAAAAAAAAGAAGGCACCGAAACCAGAAUGCUGCACCGUUCAAUUCAUUCAAACAAAAAAUCACACCUCAACAACGAACAAUCUUCUUCACCCUAAUAUUCCCCUUUUUUUUCUUCUUCAAUUGAUCAAUCCCUUUUUUCUUCCUCCACAUUACGGUUUUUGAUUCAUUCUCCAUUCUCAAUUUCUCAAAUUCCGAUUUCAAUAAUCUUAGUUUCACAUUACGGUGAAGUUCAAUUUCAUUCGUAAUUAUUCGAUUUGAUUUUGAUUCUGGUAUCAUAAUCACCGGGAACUGGAAUUAACACCGUAUUUGUUUUGCAAUGGCUUUUGCUUGUGGUGGAAGUUAAGUUAGUGUUAUUAUUAUUAUUAUUUCUUUUGUUGCAUUUGCAUGCGUUUAUGUGAAUGAAGAUUCAAAUUCAAAAUAUGAAAAAUAAUAAUCAGAUUCCUGGUGGAAUUAGCGAAGCGAGUAAUAAAAUACUGUAUAUAGUUGUUAUUGACGAUGCUGAGAAGAAACAGAAAGACAAAGGAAAAGAAUCGUUUUGCUACACGCGUUCCGUUUUACAGAGUACUCUUCAACUCAUGGGAUGCAAAGCGCGACACGCAUUCAAGAUUAGCAAAACAGUUUUUGAACGCACAAAGAGCGAGAUUUCUACCGAUAUUUUGCAGCCUGAUGCAGCAGUUUCAUCAGGUUUCGAUGCACCCAAGGGAAAUUUUGUGAAAAAAGAAGGCUGCCAUGCUGGUGUUUGCCUGGGUAAACUAGACUUAGGAAGCCAAUCGUUUUUGGGGAAAGAUAAUAGAAGUAAGAGUAUACCGUUUGAGAUGUACAAAAGGCGUACAUCUGUAUUUGUUCGGAGAGAAACAUUUCUAGAUAUUGCAUGUGAUGCUUUGGCCGAGUACAAGUACGUGGGUCCUAACCAGAGAGCGGACUUGGUUCUAGCCUGCAGACUCCGUGAGAGGAAGGAAUCUGUGACAGUGCUGUUGUGCGGCACUAGUGGAUGUGGCAAAUCUACGCUGUCUGCAUUACUGGGUAGCAGAUUGGGAAUCACAACAGUUGUAUCAACUGAUUCUAUUAGGCACAUGAUGAGAAGUUUUGCUGAUGAGAAGGAAAACCCUUUGUUGUGGGCUUCUACCUACCAUGCAGGUGAAUGUUUGGAUCCUGUUGCUGUUGCAAAAGCAAGGGCCAAAAGGAAAGCAAAAAAGAUGAAUGGUGUCUCAGAGUCACUUAUCAAGGAUGAAGUGACUGAUGGUCAUAAUUCUGUCAAAUCUGAUAUACGUAGCUCAGAGAUGAGCUCCAGUGCAACCGAGCUUCCAAGUACUAAAGAAAUGGCUGUCGAAGGAUAUAAGGCGCAGAGUGAGAUGGUGAUUGACAGUCUUGAUAGGCUAAUCACUUCCUGGGAAGAACGAAAAGAGUCUGUUGUUGUCGAGGGUGUUCAUCUGAGCCUCAACUUUGUUAUGGGGCUCAUGAAGAAACAUCCGUCGAUCAUACCAUUCAUGGUAUACAUUACAAACGAGGAGAAGCACUUGGAAAGAUUUGCUGUGCGUGCGAAGUAUAUGACACUGGACCCUGCUAAAAACAAGUAUGUGAAGUAUAUCCGAAACAUCAGAACAAUCCAGGAUUAUCUGUGUAAGCGUGCUGAAAAGCAUUUAGUUCCCAAAAUAAACAAUACAAAUGUUGACAAGAGUGUUGCAGCCAUUCAUGCAACUGUCUUCAGUUGUCUUCGAAGGCGUGAAGUUGGGGAUCAACUGUACGAUCCUGUUAGAAAUACCGUAACAGUUGUUCACGAGGAAUACAGAAAUCAAUGUGCGGCCAAUUCUUUGAGUUCAAAAGGAAUGUUUCAAUUGAUUCAGAGAAAGGGUUCUUCAAGAGAUCUGAUGGCUUUAGUUAAUACAGAUGGGUCUGUGGCAAAGGCUUGGCCUGUUAAUUCAGUUGAUAGUAAUGGGAAGCCCGUAUGGGGUCCAGGACCAGAGAAUGGAAUCGGACAUCCAAUGUAUGGUCCAUUACGAAUUGGUAAGGCAGAGCCAGUAAAUCUUCAGUUUGGAUUUUAUGGAAUCAGUGCUUGGCCUAGCGAUGGUGGCACUAGUCAUGCAGGAAGUGUUGACGAUUCAAGAGCUGAUGUGACUGAUACUGGUAGUAGAUAUCCAUCCUCUAGCUGUAGCUCACCUAGGAUGUCAGAUUGCCCAUCCAAGGAGCUUAAGGAAGACUACUCGGUGCAUGGUAGCGAUGAGGAGAAUGAUGACCAGCCAGAUGCGGGUAGUGACGAGGAUUUCAGUGACGAUGGAGACGGUGACGGUGACAAUAAUGUUGAUGAGGUUGGAUCUGUUGAUGAGGAAUCAACAAAGUCUGAUGAAGAGUACGACGAUCUUGCAAUGCAAGAUGUGUUGGAAAGUGGUUAUUGGUCAGACGAUGAUUAUGAGUUUACCACUAAACUUGCUGCCGCGGAGCUUGGAAUUAAAUUCCAUGGGAACAAGUACAGUCAAAACAUGGAUCAUUUCCUCAGAACUAGAAGUGAACCGGUGCCAAUAGAAGUGGCAUCUCAAGAGCCUCUAUGCUCUUAUUCUUCUCUGCUUGCUGAAAAAAGUGAGAAGAAAUUCUCAUCAAAUGCUAAAGCCAAAUUAAGAAAACGUUCUCUUAGUAUUCCUGCAAUAAGAAAACAUAGUUCAGCUAUCAAUGAUCUAAUCCUCUCAGGUGCUCCUCAAAGGUUGUAGGGUAUUCUCUGUUUAAUACAAGUAGGACAACCAAACUACAUUUGUAUUUGUUUUUUUUUUGGUAGCUUUUGUAAAUAUUAAGUUGGCCAGUUUUCUUUUAUUAGUUAGAUUUUUGUAGCAACUUUAAGUUAUCGUUUUAGCAUUAAUAUGGGUUUCCAUUUUGGUUUGUUCUUCAA